AUACAUAUGAAGGUGGACAUCCUGACUGGUGAUUGGCUUGACACCACACAAGAAGAAUUCUGGCUGCAAAUUUUUGUGGUAAAAACCAUAGUCCAAGGCUGUCCACACCAUGAAGUGCUGACUCUCCCACAGGACACAGGUUUCAUGAAGCAGUACCGGCUACCUGGAGGACACGAGGAGAUAGGACAGACUAUCCUGAAACUGAAAGGAGCAGGGCUUAUAUGCCCUGCACAGAGUCCUUUCAGCUCCCUGGUAUGGCCCGUGUGGAAGCCAGAUGGGACUUGGAAAAUGACUAUGGAUCACCAGGAAGUGAAUAAAAUGACUCCUCUGCUGCAUGCAGCAGUGCCUAACACUGCAGACCCAACACUGUCUCACCCUGACACUAGAGUUUUGAAACAAGUUGACACCAAGAUAAGAAUGGGGCUUGGAGACAGACUUUCUCUUCUCAUCGAAGCUGAGGUUUUGGGAACCUUUGAAGCCAACCUGCAAAUUGCUCCAGAUUGGAGCUGCAGUUAUUUCUGCAAAAGAGCAAUUCCCACCAUGAUGUCUUUAAAACCAGGGAAGGAAAGGGCAGAAGUCCUUCCUCUCCAGAAAGAACUCAUCAGAAAGAACCCAGGCAAACAGAACAAAUCUGUAUGAAGCUGAAAACUUUGGGACUGGGCAGAGAACAUGGAGACAUUGGAAAGUCAUUUCUGCGAGGUACUUCACGUCAACAGAUGGUCUUCUAAAACCCGUGACUCUUAAAGAAACUGCUUAAAAUGAUGCUAUCAGCUAUAGAAUCCCCAGGGCCCUAAGAUCAUUCUUAAAACGUGAGCUUGGAUAAUUUGGACCUGGGAUUCUUCUUAAUAUUUGGGCAUAUAGUUUGGCCUUUUUGAUGAGAAUUAAUAUACUCAUAGAUGCUGUCCUUUGAGAUAACUACCACUUAUUGUACUCGGAGUGUGCACACAGACUUUUACCUACGCUGACAGUUUUUAACAUACAACUGCAAAGCAGCUCUACUAUCACCAGUUGACAAGUGAGGCAACUAUGGAUCACAGAGGUUAAGUGAGUUGUCCAGGAUUGCACGACUUCAGAAGUAGCACAGCUGGGCUUCUGAACUAGUUCAUGAGCAAAGACAGAGAUAUGGCUGCUGGCAUGAUGAUGUCUAUACGUCUUUAUAGACUCAGGAAGAUGAGCGCUCUAAUGCGUCAGACUGCUACUCUACAGAGUAGUACAGACAGUGGUUCAGAGUUCACACUUUAGGGUAUGAAAAUGUUGGGAGAAAUUAUGUAGAGGAAUUGGA